AAGGCUAAGUUAAGCACUACUACGCAGACUCUUCUCCACCACAAGAAGGAUCUCUCGUGCGUGAACCUGCAGUCGAUAGUAAGUCGAUCAGCUCUGUAUACUGUAAAGUAGUUGCCCAGUCAUAAAUACUAUAAUAUACAUUGUGAUAACCGUACAUGUGUUACAUAUAUGUGAUUACUUAUUACGUAUAUGUGUGUCAGUAUGAGAGAUGAGUCGUGGAAGGGGAAGAGGGAGAGGGCGAGGUAAGCCGUUUGCGGGGCUAGAGUCCCUCCUGCCCGGAGAACCCCCUCCUCCGCCAAUUUUAACCCCUCCCCCACUGUUUCCACCGAUGGAAAAACGGCCCCUCGAGCUGCGCAAGUUGCCGACCGACACCGAACUGCUAGCUCUGAAGGAGAACCUACGACUGUACAUGCAACAGAGUCCAUUUGCUCUGAAGGCCGGUCCGGAAAAACAGGGGAUUCGGCGAUACUCUGACAAGUACAUACAACUCCUAGAGAGUGAGAGCAACGAAUUUGUUAGCUGGAGACCUGACUGGAGAUUUUUCCCGGGCGAGCUACGCCCCGGGAGCUCCAAGAGAAGAAGAGUUUCGUCUGGCCCGAAACCAGUGGUGCCUUCUUCAAGAAAGAGAGCGAGAAGUUCGGAAGGAGGGAGAGGGGGAGGGGGUGGUGCGGGGAAAGACAGUGCCCCACCUGGAAGAAAGAAAGUCACCUUUGCCGAUGGUGGGGAAAGGGUUGACCCGUUGUCUGAUGUUGAUGAGUCAGUGACGAAGGAGAAGGGGGAGGAGGAAGGGGAGGGGGAGGAAGGAGAAGGAGAGGUGGAAGAAGAGGUCUACGAUGAAGAGGUGGAGGAGGAAGACACUGACUACAACAUGUCAUACUUUGAUAAUGGGGAGGACUAUGGCGGAAAUGAAUCGGAUGCUCUCGAAGAAGGACCUUGUUACUAGCAGCAAUCGUUAUCGUCAUUCUUGUGAAAAAUCAUCUUUAUAUCAUCUCAUGGUUAUAUGAAUGUUUGUCAGAAAAGAUGGGUGUAAUGCUUUUUAUGAUGUCAGUUGAAAAGUUAAAAACAACACCACAAAGUGUACUUGAGAGUGGGUCAAUGGAGGUCGGUGAAGAUGGAGACAUGAUGGUGGAGGAUAUUAUGUGUGAAGGAGCUGAGGCGGUGGCUGUAGGUGGUGGCAGAGACGGACUAGAUAUCAGUUCAUGUGACGAGGAGGUCCCUGUCUAUUACUCACCUCACCAACACCAAGUUUCUGUGGGAGUGGCUGGUAUGAUGGUGAAGUUGGUGAGGAUUGUGAGGAGUGUGGAGGUCACGCCAUGACCAGGCCAUGCCCACUGUGCCAGGGGCAGUGUGGAGCAGUUUGGUCUCGAAGUGUCCACAUGAGUCAUAGAUUUCACAAGGCUCACUGGAACGGCCAUGUUCACUGAGUGAGGAACAAAGAUCUGCAAUGCUAUUGAGGACACUGGUUCAGCCUGAUAGUAAUGAACUAGCUGAUGCCAUGCAAGACUUAGGUACUUGAAUUAGUUACUGUACUCAUUCUAUCAUAAAAACAAAUGUAAAUGAAAUUGCAAA